UUUUCUGUUCAAGAAACCCCACAAAUGGCGAAGAAUAGAAACAAGAAGAAACGAACAGGCGCUGUUUCAAUGGACGUGACCGAACCAACUGUUUCAGAUAUGGUUCAAGCAAUGGACACUUCAGAAUCUGGAGCUCAAAAGCAAGCUUCUAGUAUGCUCAAUAUCAGAAAGAUCAAGAAGGAAAGACCAAUGAAGAGGUCAAAGAAUGUGCGAAAGAAGAAAGCCAUAGAAAAAGCUAUAUCCAAAAAUGAUAAGUAUGUCGAGAAGACUUUGAAGAAAGAAAGCAAAUCAUUGAAAACUCAGUCUGCUAAAAAACUAUACGAAUGAUUCUGAUUAUCAAGGUCAUUAUCGUGAAAGGGGCUCCAAGAGAUACCAUUUAUUUUCUUGAAAGUAAUUUACAUUGCUAGAGUAUAAUAUUUAUUUAUUGGUAGAGUUGUAGAAUUAGUUGAAUGUUUCAAUAUCCAACUUAUGGAAUUGUCAUUUCGAUCCUGUCAAUAUUCUAAAAGGUCCGGAUGUAUAGCAUAAGCAUUUUCAAUUAAAUUUAUUGUGAUAGGAUAUUGUACGACGGUGAAGAGAAAACAAAAGCCUUCAUGCAUAUGAGUUUUGAGUUCAAAUGACUGAAGGAAAUUUGUUCCUCAUGUUUCAAUGAUUGAUGCAUCAGAUUUUCAACCUA